UCCACUUCCCCUUCUGCCCCCUUUUCCAGUUUCUUCCCCAAUGCCAAUCUUCAUCUUCAUCAAUGGCUGACAAAACCCUCCUUUUCUUCUUCCUCCUAAAUCUCAUCUCCCAAAUUCUUGCAGAAGAAUUCCUCUUCCAAGGAUUCAAAGAUUCCGACACCAAAAAAUUACUACACCUCGACGGCGCCGCCGAAAUCCAACCAAACGGCGCCCUAAAACUCACCGGAGAUUCCACCCGCCUCGUCGGCCACGCCUUCUACAAAACUCCAUUAAAGCUCAAAAACUCGAGCUCCAAAAAUGGCGGCAACGGUCAAAAAGCUGUCUCCUUCUCGACAGCCUUCGCCUUCGCGAUUGUUCCAGAAUACGAGAAGCUCGGCGGCCAUGGAUUCGCCUUCACACUGUCCAAAUCCCCAAAUCUAAUCGGACUCCCCAGCCAGUACUUAGGGCUCAUGAAUUCCUCCGACAUCGGCGAUUUCUCCAACCACAUCGUCGCAAUCGAGUUCGACACAGUUAAGGAUUUCGAAUUCGGGGACAUCAGCGACAACCACGUCGGCGUCGACAUCAACAGCCUCGUCUCCAACUCCUCUGUCAAUGCCACCAUUAAUGGCGGACAGUUAGAUCUCCAGAGCGGCAGAACGAUUCAGGCCUGGAUCGAUUACGAUUCCUUCGGACAUCAAUUGAAGGUCUCCCUCUCUCCCUCCUCGUCAAAACCUAAAUCCCCAAUUCUCGUCUUCCCCGUCGACCUCUCCCAGGUUUUAAUGGAGUUUAUGUACGUAGGGUUCUCUGCCUCCACAGGUCUGCUCGCGAGCUCUCAUUACAUCACAGGAUGGAGUUUCAUUACAGGUUUUGGGGAAGUUAAAACCCUAGAUUUGUCUCGUCUUCCAUCGAUUCCAUCUCGUUCGAAGAAGAACAGCCAUAAUCUGCCAUUAAUUCUAGCUUCUUUAUCAGCUUCCGCCAUUGUUGUCCCUGCAAUUGUGAUCUUAGUUUUUUGCAUCGUUAGGAAGAUGAAGAACAGAGAUGUAAUAGAAUCAUGGGAACAUGAGAUCGGACCUCAUAGAUUUUCUUACAAAGAUCUCAAAAAAGCGACGAAAGGCUUUCGCGACAAAGAUCUCUUAGGAUUCGGUGGAUUCGGCAAAGUUUACAAAGGUACAUUGCCAAAUUCGAACAUCCAAGUCGCCGUAAAACGCGUUAACCACGGGUCCAAACAGGGGUUGCGAGAAUUCGUAUCGGAAAUUGAAAGUAUCGGCCGUCUACGCCACCGAAACCUCGUUUUAUUACAAGGUUGGUGCCGUCGUAAGAGCGAUUUAUUGCUCGUUUACGAUUUCAUGCCUAACGGGAGUCUCGAUAAGUACAUAUUCGAUAAACCCGAAAGUACAUUAAAUUGGGAUCAACGAUUUAAAAUCAUCAAAGGCGUCGCGUCGGGUCUCGUUUAUCUGCACGAAGGAUGGGAAAAAACGGUAAUUCAUCGCGACGUCAAAGCGGGGAACGUUUUGCUAGACUCGGAGAUGAACGGACGCCUCGGAGAUUUCGGGCUCGCGAAAUUAUACGAGCGCGGCGAGAACCCGAGCACGACGAAAGUCGUCGGCACGUUGGGGUAUUUGGCGCCGGAAUUGACGAAAACGGGGAAGCCGACGGCAAGCUCCGACGUGUUUGCGUUCGGGGCGUUGUUGCUUGAGGUCGUGUGCGGGCGACGGCCGAUCGACGCAAAGGCGAUGCCGGAGGAGCUCUUUCUCGCAGAUUUCGUGUGGGACAAGUGGAGAAACGGCCGCGCGAACGACGUCGUCGAUGCGCGAUUGCGAGGCGAGUACAACGAGGUCGAGGCGAUCCUCGUGAUCAAGCUCGGGUUGUUGUGUUCUAACAAUGUCCCGGAGAAACGGCCGACGAUGAGACAGGUUGUCCGGUACUUAGAUGGGGAAGCCGCGCUGCCUGAAGGGAUUGCGCCGCCGGACGACGAAUCGGAAGGUGGUAAUAACGUCGUCGAUAUUGACGAUCGGUCGUAUCCAUCGUCGUCGUGCUACGAGAAAGUGAGUUCGUGGUCGUCGGCGUGCAAUGGCGAUGGGGAUACUGAUGUCGAGGGCGGUGCAGCGUCGCCGCCGCCUCCGCCGUUGUAGGCGUCGGAGAAGAUAUAGGGUAGUUUUUAUUGUCUUGUAAUGUUGUGUUGUUGUGUGUAUGUCUGAAAUGUCCCACAGUAUUAUAUUGAUAGUUAAAGUAAAAAAAUUUCUAAAAAACUAAAAUACUGUAAUUAUUGUAAUAGUUGUGUGAAAAAGGUAAAUAGAUAGUUACCAGAAAUAAAAAUACAAACAUAAGUUUUGAGA